AUGGCGCGGUCACUCCAGUUUCUCGUGCUCGGCAUCACUGGUCUUGCAGCUGCGAAGACAACCUGCUCUGAAAAGGCAACAUCAGCGACUCCUACACCACAGCUGAGUUGCACGACGUCCUCAAACUUCCGCCUCGUUGCAGACGUCAUCUCCGGCGACCUCGCCCCCUCCAUCCAAGACUGGGCAGUCUCCUCAUACCACAUCGGCGCCUGCUAUGACUACGCCAUACUUCAGCCCAAUGACGGAAGCUCACCAGACUACAGCCGCGCCUUCUAUGUCAACGGCACGGCUGCUGAUGCAAGGGACAAGACCAGCGACAUCAUCACCGAUGGCGCAACACCACCAGUGCCGUAUGGAGUCAUCAUUCCAUCUGCCAACGAGACCGACCAAGAUGACAGACGCCCUGUUCAAAUCAACUGCGGCUAUGGUACUGCCGGUGUAGUCGUCUCACGCGGCUCAAGCAUGAAGCCUCACCUCCGCUACGUCGACAAGACUGCUGAUACACGCUUCGGCGGGUGGUAUGCGUGCGACUCUGACUUGCCGUACGGGCCUGCGGUCGUGCUAUACUAUCGAGACCGCGAGGAAGCCAUUCCAGAAGAAUGUGCAGAGCUCACGCUGUACACGCAGUGCAUCGAGCAUGUCUCGACCGUCGACGACAACGCAAGGCCAGCACCUUGCGAAGAAAUCAUUGAGGAUGAGGACUGA